UUUCUUCGGUUCUACGCUCAGAGUAGACAGUCACGUCAGUGUUUCUGAAUCUCCAGACCUACCAAAACACAAACGAAAAACCGAACCCUCUUUGAUAAUUUCUAGGGUUUGUCUUUCCCACAUUCACUUAGUCCCCCCGUGACGUUUCCGUAAAAUCACCGAAAAACAUUCAUAUUUUUCUUCGCCUAUCUAUCUCUCACCAUAAAUUCACUCUUCAAUUUCAGUUUCAGUCUUCUUCUUGUCAUCAUUUUUUCUCUUUCUUCGUCAACUGUUUUGCGAUCUUGAUCUGUGUUGAAUGGAAGAAGAUCCGCUCUAGUGUUUUAUUCUUGAUUACUGCUGUUUCAUUUAAGGCUUUGUGAUUUUUAGAGAAAUGGGACCAGAGCUAUUGAAGAUUCAGCCUCAAGAACUCAAGUUUACUUACUUUUUGAUGUUUCACAAGGUUAUUCUGAUACUACUUCCUCUCUUUCUAGUUGAAUUGAAGAAGCAAAGCAUGUGCUCAGUUCAUCUUGUCAACAACUUGGAUCAAUAUGUGGCCUUCAAGGUUAAAACCACAUCUCCCAAGAGAUAUUGUGUGCGGCCAAACAUUGGUAUUGUUCAACCAAGGUCUACUUGUGAUUUCGCAGUUACUAUGCAAGCACAAAAGAUAACUCCUCCUGAUAUGCAAUGCAAAGAUAAAUUCCUUGUUCAGAGCACAAUUGUUCCAUUUGGAACCACUGAAGAGAACAUCACACCUAGCAUGUUCGCCAAAGACAACGGAAGAUAUAUUGAAGAGAACAAAUUGAGAGUGAUCCUCAUAAGCCCGCCCCAUUCUCCAGUGCUGUUACCAAUCAAUGGAAGUCCAAAACAGGACCUGACUUGUCUUGAUUCAAGUGUAAAGGGUCCAAUUUUGAAAGAAAUGGAAAACUAUCCGCUGCUUCAUAUGUGUGAGGUAGCUAAAGUGUCUGAGGAUUUAAAGCUAUCUAAGUCCGCGGAAGAGUUCAAAGUAGUGAAGGAUGUGCAUGAAUUGAAACUAGCUGAGGAUGUUCAGGAGGUGAAACAAGCGAACGAUGUGCAGUAUUUGAAGCAAUCUGAGAACGUGAAGGAUUUUAACCUAGAGGAGGAUGUGCAGUACAUCAACCAAGCUGAGAAUGUGAAGGAUUUGAACCUAGUGGAGGAAGUGCACGGAUUGAAAAUGGCCAAGAAUACUCAGGAACUGAGUCCAGAUAAGAAUGUGCAGGAUUUGAAGCAAACCAAGGACGUACAGUAUUUGAAACUGGAUGAUGAGUUGAAGGAGUUAAAACCAGUGAAGGAUAUGCAAGAGUGGAAUCUGGUUGAUGUUGCUCAAGAGAUCAAGCUAGCUGGUGAUGUUCAGGAUUUGAAGCUGGCCCAGGAAGUUCAGGACUUGAAACAAGACACGGAUGUAGAAAAGUUGAAAUUAGCCAAGGACGUGGAGGAGUUGGAGUUAACUGUAGCGAAGUUGGGAUCAAUGUUAAACAAAUUGGAGUCCAAGCUAAGUGAGGCUGAAGCUACCAACACAAAGUUAAGAAAAGAGACUAGUACAAUUAGUGAAGAGAAGCUAACUUUACAACAAGAAAUUAGCAUGUUAAAAACGAAGAAUGGUGUACAAAACGUUCAAAAGGGUUUCCCUUCUCUCUUUGUUUUGAUGGUCUCACUAAUAAGUCUGGUACUUGGAUUCAAACUAAGCUCUUAGUAGAAGAAGCUGAAGCUGAAAGUUUAGCCACAGAUGACUGACAUGUCUAUAACUAGUUAGAUACUUCGGUUUUUAGAAAAUUUAGUAGAAAAAAGUAAAAGAUUUUGUUUCCUCCUGUUAUAUCUAAGUUCAAUAAGAGAGGAUUUCUAGUUUCUGAUGUUGAACUUGUUAAUUUGGUGUGUAUAUAGAAGGAUGUUUUCGGAUUGUUUACCUCUAAUUGUCUCCAAUCUCGACUCCUGAAUCUCUUAUAUAGAAACCUGAAGUGUCUGAUAAUCUAAUUAUACGUAUUCAGAGUGAA